AUGACCACCCUCGACGAACUCUCCCAACACCGCAACUGGUUCCGCGGGAGCCCAGACUUCCCCUUCACCCCGCUCGUGGAAGCGUACAUGGCCGAUGAAAUCGAUCUGCCGACAGCCGUAUCCAAAAUCGUGCAGCCGGUGAACGAGGCAUAUUCGUCUGGCGACGUUAGAGAAACCGAAGUCCUCCUCUGGGACCUCUGGUACACCAUCCUCUGGACCGCAAAGAAAACCCCCCGCGUCGAUCCCGCCGACCAAAAACCCCCAGCGGCAGUCCUAGACCCCUCCACCCCCUCUAAAGGCCACACAAAACUCCUCUCCCUCCUCGAAACUAUAAAGACACAACCAGACCCCCCGUUUCCGUCAAACAUCGACCAGAAAACCAAAGAUAACUGGAUCUACGAAGAUGGCGAGCUCUGGUCUGUACUUAGUAUAUUCGGGCCCGCGACGAGGGAGGUACUGAAUGAUUCGCCCGGUGCGGGGAGCGGGUACAAGGAUCUUGAGAUUGCAGGGUGGGAGAAUCUGAAUGCGUUUUUGGCGCAUGUGACGAGGCGGGAUAUUGCCGAUAUGGGGCGGGUUGGGAUCUUUGAGCUGCGGCAUGCACUGGAGCAGAGGCAUAAGGAUGAUACUAAAGGGGAUGUUCCUGUGAAGGAGGCGCGGAAGGUGCGGGCGUUUGUCGCGGCGGCGGGGGUGUGGGUGAUUAUUAUGGGGGAGGAGUUGUGGGCGAGGAAGGGGGAGAAGAAGAGUGAGAAGGAGGGGGCUGAGUCUGGGGUACGGGCGAAGGGGGAUGUUAUCACAAAGGAACGGUGGAAGUUGUGGAUUGAGAAAUUCGAGUUUUUGAGUUGUAGGGAGGAUUUGGAUAUUGAUACCCGGGAGUUGGCGGCGCAGGGGGCUGCUAUUUUGAUGCGUGUGCAUACUUAA